UCGGCGUUCGUAUAAUAUGAAUAUAACAAUAUAAUAUUUAAAGAUAAUUUUAAUUUAUUAUUUACAUAUUUUAUAUUACUAAAUUUUUAUAAUUUUAGUUAUUAUUUAUUAUCUUAUUUUUUUCAAUUGUAUAUACAAUAUUAUCAAUAAUUUUGGAAUAAGUUUUAAUUUUAAUUUUAAUUUUAGUAAGUAUUUAAAAUAUAUAAAUAAGAAAAACCACGGAUAAGUUAUUUUGCACGGCUAUGCACAGUUAGAAUGAAUGCUGAGUAAAUAUAUGACUACGCGGUUCAUAAUUAAAACCACUACAAUCAGGAUACUCUUAACUGGCCAUCAAUUUCGAGACUUAACAUGGAUGCAACGAACAAAGAAGAAAAGCUACCCAAUCCUAGAUCAGAAGCUAACAUUUUUGAAAUUAUUACAUUUAGUUGGAUUUUCGGAAUUGUCAAAAAAGGAUUAAAACAAGAUUUAAAUUUAAUUGACUUGUACGGAAUUCUGAAUGAAGACUCCUCAGAGUUAUUGGGAAACAAAUUACAAAAAAUAUGGAAUAAUGAAUUGAUAAACUCAGAAAAAAAAAACCAAAAGCCAAAUUUCUUGAAUACGUUAUUUAAAAUGUUUGGAUCAACACUUAUAUUUUUUGCAAUUUCUGUAACAAUAGUGGAAAUUAUUUUAAGCAUAAGCAUUGCAACUAUCGUUGGAAAAAUUGUCGUACAUUUUGAAACUAAUUCGUCGAAUAUCUCAACUGGGAUAUAUUUAUUAAUUGGUCUAGUCAUAAUUUUAUUAAUGAGAAUAAUUAUUUAUUCUGGUUACGAUAUGACAAUUUCACAUUUAGGUAUGAAAAUGAGAAUAGCAACAUGCAAUCUAAUUUAUAAGAAGGCACUACGACUCAAAGUGAAUUCUCUGGACCAAACCUCUACUGGACAAAUAUUAAACUUAAUUUCAAACGACAUAAAUCGAUUUGACACAUCACUAUUAUUUAUACCAUUUUUGUUGGCGGGCCCUAUAGAAACAGUAGUAGUGACGUACUUUUUGUGGCAAGAAGUUGGUGUGUCAUCAAUACUAGGUGUAGCCACAAUGAUUAUGUUUAUACCAUUACAAUUAUGGUUAGGGUCAAAAACAUCUGAAAUACGAUUAAAAACUAAUAAAAGGACAGACGAGAGAGUUCAUCUAAUAAAUGAAAUAAUCUCGGGAUUACAAGUGAUAAAAAUGUACACAUGGGAACCAUUUUUUGACAAUCUUACAAAAUAUUCUAGACAAAAAGAAAUCAACGAAAUUAAAAAAACAUCUUGUAUCAAAGGAAUUUUGUACUCAUUUUGUUUGUUUAACACGAAACUAGCAUUGUUUGUAACGUUAUUUACAUAUAUAUUAAUCGGAAAUUAUAUAACUCCAUCAAAAGUAUUUAUAAUAACUUCAUAUUAUGACAGUAUACAAAGAGCAUUCGUAAUAACUUUUCCACCGGCCAUAGGUUUAAGUGCAGAAUUACUAGUCUCCAUUAAAAGGAUCGAGGAUUUUCUAUUGAACGAAGAAAAAGAUAGACAACUGAACAACUUUAUUAAACCAACAACUGCUAAAAACAGAACUAUUGGUGAGAGUAAAGUGUCAAAUAAAAUCAUUGAUGAUGAAAGUGGCACUGAACAGUGUUUUGGAGUAGAAUUUUUUAAUGUUUCUGCCAAAUGGGCAGUCUCUCAACCUAAUAACACUUUAGAAAAUAUAAAUUUAUUCACAAAACCCAAUCGAUUAAUAGCAAUAAUCGGUCCAGUUGGAGCCGGAAAGAGUUCUUUAUUACAAGCAAUUUUACAAGAAUUACCACUUAUGAAAGGCAGUAUUUCUGUACGUGGUGUAGUAUCAUACGCUUCUCAAGAACCGUGGUUAUUUACAAGUUCUGUUAAACAAAAUAUUUUAUUUGGAUCGCCAAUGGACAAAUCACGAUAUGAUAAAGUUAUAGAAGUGUGUGCAUUAAAUCCAGACUUGGAACAGUUUCCGUAUGGUGAUAGGACUAUCGUUGGCGAGAAAGGGAUUUCUCUUAGUGGUGGUCAAAAAUCAAGAAUAAAUUUAGCAAGGGCAAUAUACAAACAAGCGGAUAUUUAUUUAUUGGAUGAUCCUCUAUCAGCAGUUGACACACGUGUUGGAAAGCAUUUAUUUGAAAAAUGCAUAACUGAUUAUCUUAAAGAAAAGACAUGCAUACUUAUAACCCAUCAAAUACAAUACUUAGUAAACGUAGAUCACAUUGUCAUAAUAGAUAAUGCAAAAGUGUUGGCAGAGGGUUCAUACAGAGAACUUCAAAAAUCAAGUUCAUAUUUCAAAAAAAAUCAGAGAUUUUCAUCAGAAACGUCAAUUUUUAAUAACGUGAUUGAAAAAAAUAAUACCGAUAUCCUAGAAAAAUAUUCUAUAAAUGAAGAUUCUCAAAAUCCAAUUUUUAUUCCAGUCACUUCGUUCGUGAAAGAAAUCAAAAUAAUUAACAAUAAAGACAAUACAGAUCCAGUUAAAACAGAAGAAACGCAUUCUAUCGAAAAUAAUUCGUUAAGUGUUUUUUUAAAAUAUAUUUUUUCCAGUGAAUAUUAUUUCAGAGUAUUCUGUUUAUUUUCCUUAUGCAUUCUCACACAAGUUCUAUUGUCAGGUACAGAUUAUUGGAUAACUUAUUGGAUUUAUUUGGAAAAAAACGUUUUUCAAACGAUGGAAUAUCGCACAGAAUCUUCGACGUCAAUCAGUACAUCUGCAACAAUUUUAUCUAAUGGCUUUUUGACGUCAUGGACUGCAUCAAGACAAUCGUGUAUUUUUGUUUUUGCCGGACUAAUAUUCUUGAUCAUCAUAAUAGCCUUAAUCAAAUCCUUUUUAUUUGUAUCUGUUUGCACCGAAGCAUCUAUGAAUUUACACCUCCGUAUGUUUAGUUCGAUUACUAGAGCAACAAUGAGUUUUUUAAAUAAAACGCCAUCGGGGCGAAUCCUCAAUCGAUUUUCAAAAGAUAUGGGACUUAUUGAUGAAAUGAUACCUCCUACGUUAGAUAAAGUUACACAGAUUGGAUUGAGAGCGAUUGGAAUAAUAAUAUUAAUGGGAAUUAUCAAUCCUUAUCUGGCUCUACCAACAAUCGUUUUAGUUAUAUUAUUUUUUAAAAUGAAAACAAUUUUUAUGAAAACAUCUCAAAAUGUCAAGCGUUUAGAGGAUGUUACACGAAGUCCUAUGUACACUCAUGUAAAUUCAUCGCUUCAAGGAAUAGCAACAAUAAGAGCGUUUAAUUUAGAACAAACUUUAAUCCAAGAGUUUGCCAUCCAUCAGGAUUUACAUUCAUCAACUUGCUAUUUGUUUCUGAGUUUAAAUAGGGCGUUUGGUUUUUGGUUGAAUAUUAGCUGCAUGUUUUAUAUAAUUACUGUAAUAUUUUCUCUUUUACUGAUUAGCGAUGCUACAAAUGAUGGAAGAUAUGUUGGACUGACCGUCACACAGGCAAUCGUAAUAACAGGUAUAUUUCAAUGGGUAAUGAGGUUUACAGCAGACUUAGAAAAUCAAAUGACGUCUGUCGAAAGAGUUUUAGAGUUUUCAGAUGUACCACAAGAAUCAACAUUUGAAACAACUCCUAAUAAAUUACUGCUAACAGACUGGCCUGAUAAUGGCCAAAUUAUUUUCGAAAAACUUUAUCUACGUUAUGACUUGGAAUCGUCGUUUGUAUUAAAAAAUCUCAAUAUCAAGAUUAAAGCUGCUGAGAAAAUUGGAAUCGUUGGAAGAACUGGUGCAGGAAAAUCAUCUUUGAUUUCUGCAUUGUUUAGAUUAGCUUUUAAUGAAGGUAAAAUCAUUAUCGACGGAAUAGAAAUACACGAAUUGGGAUUACACGAUUUGCGAUCCAAAAUUUCCAUCAUACCUCAAGAACCAGUUUUGUUUUCAGGAACAAUCAGAAGCAAUUUAGAUCCAUUUAAUGAAUACCCGGAUCACAUUCUUUGGAAAGCUUUAGAUGAAGUGGAACUCAAAAAAGUUGUUGACGAUUUGUCGGAUGGCCUAAACUCGAAAAUAUCAGAAGGUGGAUCUAAUUUUAGUGUUGGUCAAAGACAAUUAGUAUGUUUAGCUAGAGCAAUUAUACGAAAUAACAAAAUUCUUGUAUUAGACGAAGCUACUGCAAAUGUUGAUGCACAAACUGAUUCUUUGAUUCAAAAUACAAUUAGAAAUAAAUUUCGUAAGUGUACAGUAUUAACGAUUGCACAUCGGUUGAAUACAGUGAUGGAUUCUGAUAAGAUACUUGUGAUGAACGCUGGCACAGUAGUUGAAUUUGAUCACCCAUAUAAUUUAUUGAAAAAUAAAGAUGGAUAUCUACAUAAAAUGGUAGAACAAGCCGGAAAGAGCAAUGCUCAGUCGUUACAUAAUUUAGCUUAUGAGAGUUAUAAUAAAGGACUUAUGCUAAACGGUCAACGAUUGUCAAGUGUUAACGAAGACGAAGACUAAAUCAGUUCAUUUAUAUAGUUAUUUACGCAUAAUCAAAUAAGUAUUGGAUAAUUAUUGCAUAAUUAAAUGAUUUAUACGAUUAUUAUAAAAAAUUUUAAAAUUA